GGAUUUUUGAACCCGUAGCUUUACGGCUCGUUUAUUAAUCUUAUUCACGUUAUUGCAUUAUAACAUAAGAUAUCCAAAAUGUCGAAUCAGCCUGUUUCUCGACAUCGUAAACAGCACUUUCCCCGCCUAGAACGUCGAAAAUUAAGUGCGACUCUAUCUCAAACUCUUCCUUUACCAGAAUAUGAUUCAGAUGAUGACCCUAUUUAUAUUUCUAAACAUACUCGAAGUUCACUUAUCGCUACAAAUCACAAGUCAUUUCGUACAGUUAAGACGGACACAAAAGAAUCCAACGGAUCUGGUCGUCCCGAUAAACGUGCCAGGGAUGAACACAAUGAACAAGAACGUAGCCGUCGGCGUGAACUUGCUGUCAUCUACGAGUUGAUCCGGUGUAGUUUUUCCAAUAACGAUUUGCAUUAUCUCGGUCAUUGCAACGGUCCUAAAUCUGUCGAAAAACUGUCCUAUCCACAGGUCUUGCAAAUAGCCUACCAAUUAGUACGUGAAGAACAGCACAAUUUGACCCUAUUCGAGAAGUCAUUAAAUGAUAUAAAAGUGAUUGAAAAAGAAUUUGUGCGUGCUGGUCUCCCAGUGCCUGAAAGACCUAAAUGUCCCUCAAUACUAGAUAAUUAUCGAAAAAUGGUUCAACUUGUGGAUAAUUUACUUCGUCAUGAUAAGAUGGCAAGAUCUGCUGAAGGUGUGUAUGAAGUAACACCAGCAGAACGUGCGGCUAUCGGUGAUCAAGAAAUGUCAUAUCUUUUACCUCGUUCACAGUGCCAAUCCUCUAUUACAGACUAUUCUGGUCGAAUGAGAAAUCGAAGAUCAUUCAAUCUGAUCAACCAUUUGGCCGAUGAUAAUUAUUUAGAGCCAGAGGAUACUAGAAGUAGUUUGUCACACUGGUCAAAUAUGUCUACUGUCCAGUCUAAGAUCAAACGAUCUUCUUCCUCAGCUUCACUGGACUGUGGUGCUGAUGAUGAUAUUGACUCACUUACACCUCCUUCAGAUGGUCAUCGCCGGAAUAACAAUAUGUGGUUAGAUAAUCAUGAAUUCUUGGAUAUCCUGUCAAAGUUCAAGGCGGAUUCCGAUAAUUUAAGUGAUGACUUUGAAGAGGCAGCUGAGGAUGGAGAUGAGGAAAUUGAUGUUGACAGUUUAAUGUUGAACUUUCAGUCAAAUGAACCAUUUGACUAAAUUGCCCAUGGAUACAUAUGUGUAUGUAUGUAUGUAUAUGUAUAUAUAUACUUAUGCCUAUACUGUAUCGUGCCUUUUUGUAUCUUUACAGUAUUUUUACUUUCAAGUAUUUUCAACUACCUAUCAUGCUUUAUCAUAAUCAUCACAAUCAUUAUUACUAUCAUUAUUAUUACUGCCGGUUUUAGCAUUAUGAUCAGCUAUUUUUAUUAUCAUCAUUACUAUCAUUACUACUUUUGUUUCCUUCUCUUUAUUGAUGACGUGUUAACUUCAUGCACACUUAUCACCAUUACACUCGUUUCAGGGUCAUUCAUAAAUCCCACCCUGGUGACAAACGCCUGAAUUAUUUUUUAUCCUUUUACUGCAUCAAUUAUAAUCAUUUCCUUUCUCUACCUAGAUAGUAUACAAACAUUUUCUUGACGACCUAUAACUUGUGGAUAAAAAAAAAUUUGCCUUCGCCU